UACCAGCACCUCCACCGGAAGCAUGGCAUGGUCAUCCACCAGUAGCCCUACUUCUAGCUCUACGUCUAGCCCCACCUCAAGCUCUACCUCCAGCCCUACUUCUAGCUCUACCUCCAGCCCUACUCCUAGCCCUACUUCCAGCCCUACGUCUAGCCCCACCUCUAGUUCUACGUCCAGCCCUACUCCUUGUCCUACUUCCAGCCCUACUUAUAGCUCUACGCCUAGCCCCACUUCUAGGCCUACCUGGAGCCCUACCUCUAGCUCUAGCUCCAUCUCUACUUCUAGCCCUUCUUUCAGCCCUACCUCUAGUCCUACUUCCAGCACUAUUUAUAGCUCUACGUCUAGCCCCACUUCUAGUUCUACUUGGAGCCCUACCUCUAGCUUUAGCUCCAUUCCAACUUCUAGCCCUACGUCAAGCUCUACCUCCAGCCCUACGUCUAGCCUCACUUCUAGCUCUUCCUCCAUCUCUACUUCUAGCCCUACUUUCAGCCCUACCUCUAGCCCUACUUCCAGCCCUACUUCUACCUCUACUGUCAGUACGACUGCAAGACCAAGCUGUGGCUGCGACACAAGUGGAACUACCACAAGUCCUGCAAGUUCAACAUCCAGCCCGACAUCAAGCUCGACAUCCAGCCCAACAUCAAGCCCAACGUCCAGCCCGACAUACAGCACAACGUCUAGCCCGACACCCAGUCCGACAUCUAGCUCAACGUCUAGCCCGACAUCAAGCACCACAUACAGCCCAACGUCUAGCCCGACAUCCAGCCCGAAAUACAGCACAACGUCAAGCCCGACAUACAGCACAACGUCUAGCCCGACAUUAAGCACCACAUACAGCCCAACGUUUAGCCCGACAUCUAGCUCAACGUCUAGCCCGACAUCAAGCCCUACAUCAAUCUCGACACCCAGCCCGACAUACAGCACAACGUCUAGUCCGACAUCUAGCCCGACAUCAAGCACCACAUACAGCCCAAUGUCUAGCCCGACAUCAAGCCCUACGUCAAGCUCGACAUCCAGCCCGACAUACAGCACAACGUCUAGCCCGACAUCAAGCACCACAUACAGCCCAACGUCUAGCCCGACAUCCAGCCCGACAUCUAGCCCUACAUCAAGCUCGACAUACAGCCCGACAUACAGCACGACGUCUAGCUCGACACUCAGCCCGACAUAUAGCUCAACGUCUAGCCCGACAUCUAGCCCGACAUCAAGCACCACAUACAGCCCAACGUCUAGCCCGACAUCCAGCCCGACAUCUAGCCCUACAUCAAGCUCGACAUACAGCCUGACAUACAGCACGACGUCUAGCUCGACACCCAGCCCGACAUAUAGCUCAACGUCUAGCCCGACAUCUAGCCCGACAUCAAGCAACAGCCCAACGUCUAGCCCGACAUCCAGCCCGACAUCUAGCCCUACAUCAAGCUCGACAUACAGCCCGACAUACAGCACGACGUCUAGCUCGACACCCAGCCCGACAUAUAGCUCAACAUCUAGCCCGACAUCUAGCCCGACAUCAAGCACCACAUACAUCCCAACGUCUAGCCCGACAUCGAGCUCACCAGUCUGGACAACCCGCCCUCCAACGCUUCAUCCAACAAAACCAACAAAUGGCCAUACUCGUCCAACUAAGCCACCAAAGGGAGGUUCCUGCAUCAAUGUCAAUAUGCCAGACGUUCUCGGGAUUGGAAAGGUAAUGAUCGCUAUACGAUUCCGGCCCCUUACACAUGUCUUACUGAAGAGUAAUUUAACUGCUUACAUGUCGAAUGUUCCGUCAAAAGGAGCGUCCAUGCAGAUACCCCCAUCACUCUUCCAGCUAAACUACAGGCUGUUGUGAAGUCGGGGGUCCGAGCGGCCACGAAGGUUCCAUGGCUGGUUCAGUGCCAGGUGACGGGAAAAAGAGAGGUCGAGAGUGACGUCCGAGCGAUGAGAAAAAUUAUUUAUAUACAAAUUUACAUGAUGGUGCUUCAUAAGAAGGGCUCCAUGAUUCUUAGAACACACUACACGGUAAAGUCUUUGCAUGUCCGAGCACGUCUUCACAACAAUCCCGCUCCUGUUUUUAAGCAUCUCAAUUCCUCCUUUCGCUCAUCGAGGGAACUCAAUGUCCUUCUUCUCGGCCAAUCACAAUCGUCGAACCGUUCAUAAAAUCCCGCCUAUGACGUCGCACAGUUCCGCCAGACUCCGCCUCCAACAUUGCACGAUCCAACGUUGCACGUUGCAUACAAGGCCACCACGUGGCAAUCCGCCUCUUUCAUGG